AUGUACAUUCCUAAGCAAUAUAACGUCGACGACAUUGAGAAACAGGUCCAAAUAAUUAAGGACUAUCCGCUGGGUACUCUAUUCUCUUCGAGACCUGUGUCGAAGGGAUUGUUCGGUUUCGGAAAAGGUGAUGAAUCUGAGCAGCCUGAUUCCGAUAUGUGUGCUAGUCACAUUCCCUUUUUCUUUGUAGAAUCUCCCGAGGGGAAGCACAAGCUAAUUGCUCAUCUUUCGGCGAAGAAUCAGCAUGCAAACCAGCUAGAGAACACUUCCAAGUGCUUAGUGACCUUCCAAAGUGUAGAUUCCUACAUUUCACCAUCCUGGUAUCCUCUCAAAGAGAAAACGCACAAAUUCGUUCCCACAUGGGAUUUUGCAGCAGUCCAUGUCUAUGGGACACCAAAAAUAAUACGCGGAGAUAAAGAAUGGCUUCUAAAGAUGUUGAACCUUCUGACGAACCAGGAAGAGGGAAAGCGUCCUGAAGGUGAGGAAUUCAAGGCCAAAUGGAAAGUGUCGGAUGCACCGGAAUCAUUUCUGGAUGGAAAGCUAAAAGGUAUAAUUGGGUUGGAAAUCGACAUUACCCACAUGGAAUCUAAAUUCAAGUUUGAUCAGGACAGUAGCCAGAUCAACGUAGAUGGUGUUAUAUCAAAUCUCGAAAAUGAGGUUGGGGGAGAUAAAGGUGGAGAUAUGGCGAAAUUCACAAAGGAAUGCUAUCCCGACAGGAAAUAA